AGCCAGCCAAUCGCAGCGCUGGGUCAGGGAACGGCGGUGGCCCCGGAAGUUCAGUCCGGGUGUCAGAAGGUUUUCCGCUUUCUCUUCGGGUUCUUCGGGUUCUUUACGUUCUUCGGGUUCCUCACGUUAUUUGGGUUCGGUGGGAGGACCAAUAUGUCUGCGCUGGGCGCUGCCGGCGGGAAGGCGGCCAAAGCUUCCUUCGUUUCAUACGUCAUUCCGGAGGAAAUCAAAGCAGAGAAAGACUUUGGCCAGCAGGACAAAACGCCGACCCUCCUGCCAGGGGAGGUGGUGUUCUGCGGAGCCUCCAAGGUGCUGUGCUACCGGCAGGAUGAUGUGUCCCAGCGCGGGUUGUUCGGGACGCUCGUCUGCACCAACUUCCGCCUGGCGUUCGUCAGCGACCAGGACCCAAGCGAGGAGCUGGAGAACCUCUUCAGGAACAAAAUGUAUGGAGAGGACGACAUUCCUCUGGCCUGUGUGGACAACAUCUAUGGAGUGUAUGAAGACAAGAGGAAGUUGAUCACCGGAGGAAUGGUGAAGAAUAAGAUUCCCUCUAAACUCGUGAUCCACUGCAAAGACCUGCGCGUGUUUCAGUUCACUCUGACCUACUGCCUGGGAGAGGAGGCCAAGAGGAUCUUCCAGGGCAUCACCCACCACUGCCUGGAGCCGAAGUCUCUGAGGAACCUGUUCGCCUUCUCCUUCUGUGAGCUCAACAGUUUCCCCGAGAUGAAGAGGCAGCAGAAGACGCUGAUGUUCGAGGUUCUGGACGACUGGGCCCAGGACAUGAACCGCCUCAGGGGAGCCUGCCGAUUGGUCGAUGAGAACGCAGAGUUUGGCCUGUCACCCAGCCUGCCUCAGUUCUUCAUCGUUCCUUCAAACGUCUCGGAGGCUGACCUCAACCCCUUCCAGGGCCACGGGCUUCCAAUGUGGUGCUGGUCCCACCCCAGCGGCUGCGCUCUCUUCAAGACCUCCGCUCUGCCCGCCGCGGUCCUGCAGGAGGACCCAGUCGCACAGGCCUACAUGGAGAAGAUGCUGACCGCGGUGGCUCAUAACUACCUGUUCUCGGUGAAGACGGAGGACCUCUCGGACACCCUGCCCUCCGUCACCGAGAUCCAGCUCGCCUACAACAAGUUCAAACACUUCUUCCUCAUUGAGAACACGACAGACUUCUGGGUCUCUGACGUGAAGUGGCUGUCCUCCCUGGACGGCUGUGGCUGGUUGGACAUCGUCAGGCAGUGUCUGCAGAAGGCGAUGGAGGUGGUGGAGUGUUUGGAGAAGGAAAAUGCCAACGUCCUGAUCAUGGAGGAGGGCGGCUCGGACCUGUGCUGUGUGAUCUCCAGCCUAGCCCAGCUGAUGCUUGACCCGUUCUACCGCACGCUGACCGGCUUCCAGAGCCUGGUCCAGAAGGAGUGGGUCGCCGGGGGGCACCGCUUCAUGGAGCGCCUCAACCAGCUGCACCUCAAGGACAAGGAGGAGGUGUCCCCAGUCUUCCUCCUCUUCCUGGAGGGUGUGAUGGUGCUGCUCUCCCAGUACGGCCCCUCCUUCCAAUUCACUGAGACCUACCUGACGGUGCUGUCAGACAGCCUCCACCUCCCUGUGUUCUCCACCUUCCUGUUCAACUCCCAGCACCACCGGCACAUCUACACCCAGGCGGAGUCUCCUCACUCCCCUGGCAGCGUACGGAGGUGUCCCGUGGUGUGGGAUUGGUCGGUCCAGUUUGACUGCAAGGCUCAGGAGCUCUUCAUCAACCCUCUGUACACCGAGAAGAGCCGGACCCAGCGGGCUUCUCAGAGGUCCCAGCUGCACAAGCACCAGAGGCACCUGUCGCUGCCCGGCUCGGGGUUCAAGCUGUCCCCUAAGAGGGGCUUCUUCAAGGACGAGGCGGACAGCCUGAAGAAGAUCCUGCGUGUGAAGCGUCUGAGCCGAUGGAUGCUGUCCCCGGAGCCCGGCUCCUCCUCCUCGCGGGACUUCUACCAGGCCUGGCAGUGCCGGCCGCUGGACUACCACGGCCUGCUGCUGCCCUGCGUGGACGGGCCCUGGCUGCGCCUGUGGAUGCAGCGCUACCUGCGCUGGGUGCAGGAGGUGCAGAUCUUCGGCGGCGGCCUGGUCACCGUCCUCAGCCGGGUGUACGGCCUCCUGGAGGAGGUGAACGCGCUGCGCAGAGAGCUGGACCACCGGGGCGGCGCCGGCCGGUCGGCCGCCCGGCCCCAGAGGCCCAGAGCCCCCGGGGGAGAGGCCCCGGGGGCUCAGGUCCGUCUGUCCUCCUCCUUCCCCUUCAGCGGCCUGAGGAGCAGCUCCUCCUACAAGCCCUCCAUCCCCGACAGCCUGCUACACGGCCUGGGGGCGUCCGGGGGGCUGGGGGAGGGCGGGGAGGAGCUGGACGACGCAGGCUCUGUGGUCUGAGGUCCGGCUCACCGCGGGAGAACCGGCUCACCGCGGGAGAACCGGCUCACCGCGGGAGAACCGGCUCAGAGGCUGUUAUUAUCUCUGGGCCCCCGGGAGCAUCCGGGGCCUUCAUCAAACAACCCAUUAGAGAGAAACCUUUCCUUCAGGAGGAGAGUAGCAUGAAGCCUCAGGGACAGCAGCAUUGGAUGAACUGCUCCUUCUGGCUGCUUAACGCUGUCUGCGGCCCCGGGGCCCGACUGAUCUAUGCACUAGAGCCAUGAGAGCAAUACCGCCGCUGUCCACCAGGAUCCAUAGCCAGUACUGCGUGUCUGGGAUUUUAAUCCAAUUAACAAACUAAGCCAGGAUUUAAGGGUUUCUAUGGACUUCAGAAGUUUCCGGUGAUUGGUUUGUCUUUGUGUCUGUAAUCUGUCUGCUUGACUGCAGUGCCACCUGGUGGCGGGGAGAGGAGCAAACCGCUAGAGGAGCAAACACACAAACCGCUCACGGGUUUGUGUGUUUGCUUGGGGAAACUUGUCUGAAUAUAUAUUAUUAUUAUAGCAGAGCUUGCACCAGUUAUAAUACAUUAGUCACCUUCAAUCUAUACACAUUCCACUUAAGUAACAAACCAUUUGAAAGUGAAUUCUGUUCCAAAGAUCUGUAUUUGUUUCACAUAAUUCUUUAUUUUACAAAAGUGUUUUUGUAUUAUUACAUUCAUACAGUGUUGAUGUUCUUUCCGUUUGAGCUGAAACGUAUUCUGUACAUAACGUCACCUUGGCUUUGAGGUCCCCCUUCUGUAAGUCCUCAUUCAAACAAGAUCAUGGAGUCAUUACAACAUGAAAUCAUGUAGUCAUUACAUCAUGGAUUCAUUACAUCAUGAAAUCAUGGAGUCAUAACAUGAACUCAUGGAGUCAUUACACCAUGAAAUCAUUACAACAUCAAUCAUUUGAACAGGAGAUCAGAACGAGGUGAGAGUGAUCUUCUGAGCUGUGAACUCCUGUGACGGAGAGCCAAUGCCUUUUACUACUGAGCUCAUUCUGAUACGAUGACCGCUGGACUCCCUUAGUGACGGCAUCCAGAGACCUUCCGACAUGGGGAUGUCUCGGACUGGAAGCUGCCUUAGCAGAAGCUCAAUGUCCUUUUAUAAGCUUUGUUUCCACUACUGAUGUUUAAGCUUCAGUGAUCUUUAACCUGCCUUAGCACUGACACGCCUUUAAAAAAACAAAGACUGAAGAUCAGGAUCUCAGAUCUGCUUCCAUAUUAAAUAAAGUUCUUUAUCCCA